AGCGCUGCUAUUCAGUGGGUCUGUCAGCAGCGAGUGGAGCAGCUCCAGCGCUCAGUGCUUUUAACGCGGCGAAACUCCGCACGGAUCUUCAUUUAGAGCCGUCAGCAGUAACCCUGCUUCCAAGAGAGAUUUUUGUCUUAUUCAUUUGGAUUUUCAAAUAUUUCGUCGGAAUCUGCGCUCUCGUUUGGAUCUGUAAAUGGAGAUCUGAUUUUACGCACUUUAAGUUGGCUCUCCGUCUGCGCUUUUCUCCUCAUUUGCUGAACUCCUGAAUGUGUUUGCGGAGAGCAGGGGGUUGACAAAAGGCUUUUAAACGGAGGGGGUACAUGUAGCAGAGGGGUGCAGACACCACACAGCGGGUGAGAGUGGGGUGUUUGCGUGGCAAAGCUGUGGCGUUGGAGUUGUAUGACAAAUUCUGCAAUGAGAAAGACGCAUUUUAAAACCCGCACCACCACAACCAGCACCGACGUCAGGGCUAUGGCUGACAUCCGUCGCAGUUUGUAAGAAGGAAGAUCUGUGUGCACUGUAAGUGUCGCCGUGAGGAGCAUGCUGUAACAGCCAUGCCUGUAGAGAUGGAGAAGACGGUCACCAAGCUGAUGUACGACUUCCAGAGGAACUCCACCUCUGACGACGACUCGGGCUGUGCCCUGGAGGAGUACGCCUGGGUCCCACCAGGACUCAAACCUGAGCAGGUUCACCAGUACUACAGCUCCCUGCCUGAGGACAAGGUGCCCUAUGUGAACAGCCCAGGAGAGAAAUACAGAAUCAAACAGCUGCUCCAGCAGCUCCCGCCCCACGACAAUGAGGUACGUUACUGUAACGGUUUGGACGACGAGGAGAAGAGAGAACUAAAGCUUUUCAGUAACCAGCGAAAACGGGAGAACCUGGGACGCGGCAACGUCCGGCCGUUCCCCGUGACGAUGACGGGGGCAAUCUGCGAACAGUGCGGAGGCCAGAUAAAUGGCGGAGACAUUGCUGUAUUUGCAUCACGGGCAGGUCACAGCGUGUGUUGGCAUCCAGCCUGCUUUGUGUGCAGCAUGUGCAACGAGCUUCUGGUGGACCUCAUCUACUUUUACCAGGACGGGAAGAUCUACUGCGGCCGGCACCACGCCGAGAGGCUGAAGCCGCGCUGCACCGCCUGCGAUGAGAUCAUCCUUGCGGAUGAGUGCACUGAGGCAGAGGGGCGUCACUGGCACAUGAAGCACUUCUGCUGUUUCGAGUGCGAUACUGUGCUGGGGGGCCAGCGCUACAUCAUGAAGGAGGGGCGGCCCUACUGCUGCUCCUGCUUCGAGUCCCUCUACGCAGAGUACUGCGACUCCUGCGGGGAACACAUUGGCAUAGACCAAGGCCAGAUGACGUAUGAUGGGCAGCACUGGCACGCCACAGAGGGCUGCUUUUGCUGUGCCCGCUGUAAACGCUCUCUGCUGGGUCGGCCUUUCCUGCCCAAGCAGGGCCAAAUCUUCUGCUCACGCUCCUGCAGCCUGGGUGAGGAGCCCAAUGGCUCUGACUCCUCUGAUUCGGCCUUCCAAAGCGCUCGCUCCACCAGAGAGUCCAGACGCAGCUCCAAGGCAGGGAAGAGUGGAGGAGGAGGGGGUGGAGUUCAGACUGAAAGAUUUUCAGGGGAGGUGGACCCACUUUCUUUACAAAUGGAUCUUCUGAGUCUAUCCAGCCAAACACCCAGUUUGACACGCGAGCCACCUACCUGGCAGAGCCAAGAGCAAGCAGGUGAUGGCUAUAAUUAUGAAUCCCAAUCAGAUCCAACUGCCAACCCCACCCCUCUCCAGCUUCUUAGCCAGUGCAAUGUCAGGACGGCCUAUAACCCCACCUGCUCUGGACAGAAUAAUCAACAGCAAGAUCACAGGAUCAAGGAGAACGGAGGUUUAAAGAGACCACCCAUCUCAGCCAUGAAGGGCCACUCUCUGAAUGAGAUGUGGUCCCAACAACCAGCUCCAGAAGAGUACUAUCCACCCAAACUGCGGACCCAAAAGAGCUUCACAGAGGUGUCCCAUUGUUCUCAGUACCACAACGGCUUCUCCUCUGACAAGCGCUCCAUCAGUUUGCACGGCUUUCAGAGGGACAGGGACAGAGAGGCGGGGCCUCCAGCAGCAACCCAGGUGGCAAGAAGCAGGAACCCCAUCAAUGCACUUAACUUCACAGAGCAACUGACUCCUCUGGAGCAGACACCAAGAGGAUCCAUGGAGUCCCUGGCCCUGUCCAAUGCAACAGGCAACUCAGCAGAUGGAGGAGGAAAGCGUCAGGAGCACCUUUCUCGUUUCUCGAUGCCGGACCUGAGCAAAGACUCUGGAAUGAACGUGUCAGAGAAAAGUAACAUGGGCACCCUCAACUCCUCAGUGCAGUUUCGUAGCUCAGAGUCUAUUCACAGCCUCACCGCCAGUCAGCCCUACAUGGAAAUGGAUCCUCACAGGUCCUCCCAGUACCAGGUGCAGUACUGCGACCCCCCUGGCAUGGGUAUGGGUAUGGGUAUGACUCAUUUACCGCCUGGCUUCACAUUCCAAGAAGAGGAUAGGGUAAGUUUGGUGAGCAGCGCCAACGCUGCCCGCCUGCCACCCAUUAGUGAGCGCAGGGUGGGUGGAGGCGGAGGUGGAAGGGGAGCCAGUAUCCGGAUAGAUGCUCCGGAGGAGACUCCUCAGAGGCGCCGGCACCACCACCACCGCUCCCGUAGAUCCCGCCGGUCUCGUUCAGAAAAUGCUCUCAACUUGGUAGCAGAGCGAAGAGUCAGACCUCAAGAAAGAUCCCAGCUGCGUGUCUGUGAGGAUUACGACCGUUUCCCACCACCAAGGAGCGCCAGGGACCAGUUCAGAGUAGGAGGAGGAGGAGGGGGAAGAUACCAGCCCCAACCCUUCAGGCCAUGUCCCAGAACCACUUCAGACCUGACUCUUCAGAACCCUGGGGCCAGCCGGCGCACUGGCUUGAACCAAUACUCUUGGGAUGAUUACGAUGACGAUGGCUGGUGCUCCACCUGCUCUUCAUCCUCCGAAUCAGAGGAUGAAGGUUACUUCUUGGGUGAGCCAAUCCCCAGACCCAUCCAGCUGCGCUACCUCAGCAACCAGGAGCUCGUCCAUAAGUACAACAACACAGGGAUCGGAGGACCCAACCGCAGUGGGCAGUUACACACCCGCAAACGCAGAAAAAGCAAGAACUGCAUUAUCUCCUAACAUCCUGUCAUCUGGUAAAGGAAAUGACUCUUUUUCCAGUUUGUGUACACUAACAUCUUCCAUAUGGAACGUAAAAAUAAAUAAAACUCACAGUCCAUUUAUUCAGUGUUGUUGAGUGUUGAAUAUGAUGUAAUUGAACGUCAGUGAUGAAUUACAGUCGGUAAACAGUGAAAAGCAGCAGUGCUUGCAUGUUUGUUCAUGUUAAUGUUUCAGAAUAUCUCCUGAGUAUUAAGGCUAACAGUUAUAUGUGCAGUUCUAUCAAGUCACAACAUUUUUAAAAGCUGAUGUGCAGUUUCUUUUUUAUUUUUUAUUUUAUCAUAACUUCAUUUCCACGCAGCAAACAAGUGUGCGAGGUAGUCGGUUUGGUACAGUUUAGCUUUUUCAUGCAAUGUGAUUUAGAUAUAGAAUAUACUGUACUAUUGUAUUUUAGUUCAUAGUAUGUACAUAGAUAAAUGAAUUAAUAAUUUCACUUAAAUUAAGGAAGUCCAUGUAAAUAUGGUUGUAAAUGAGGCCUCACAUAUUUUUAUAUUUUGUAUGGAUAGAAUCAUUUAUGUAUUAAAUAUCUAUAAUGUAGAGAUAGAAAAUGACAAACACAACUUAUGCAUGUUUUAUGUGGCUGACCUGGUCCUGCAUUUGGAAUAAAGGAGAACUUCACUGAG